AUGACGUUAUCUGAAAAUGAACCAAACCAAAGGCUCAGACCGCCUGGACAAGAUCUAGAACGAAUAAUAUGUACUGGACCUCUUCACACUAUGCUUCUCGCAUCACUUCGCCAACAGAAUACCCCCAACUCCAAUACACCAAUACGAAUCUUGUCCACCUUUAUCAUCGCCCUCAUACUGUUAUAUCUCUACAAGAGCAUGAGUUCCGCCCCCAAACCACCCAUCCCGGCUCCUCCGACCCAGAAUUUCCAUUACGAGUACACCGUGCACAAGGGCUUGUUCUUGCAGAGUGAAGAUGACACCGACGAUGCUAGCUUUGAUUUUCGGAAGCACAACUUUGGGUUGGUAGAUCGGUUGUAUCCGACGGAUGGCUCUACGGAUGAGGAGGGACGGGAGCAGUGGCGCCGCUUUGAACGCUAUAUUCGCAGUUUGAACGAGAGUGUUGGUAAGGAGGAGGGGCGGAGUGUCAAGGUUUUGUUGCUGGGAAGACAUGGGCAGGGGUGGCAUAAUGUUGCGGAGACAAAGUAUGGGACUCGAGCGUGGGAUUGCCACUACGCCGCCCUCAACGGCUCCGACGGCCUCACCUGGUCAGACGCCCACCUCACCCCCCUGGGCCACCAACAAGCCCUCGACGUCCACACCCUCUGGUCCACCCAACUCCCCCACGGCCUCCCACCCCCAGACACCCACUACCUCUCACCCCUCACCCGCGCCAUCCAAACCGCAGACCUCACCUUCUCCCACCUACCCCUCCCCCCACACAAACCCUACACCCCCCUUGUCAAAGAACUUCUCCGCGAGGCCCUCGGCAUUCACACUUGUGACCGCCGCUCCACGCGCUCCCACCUCGCAACUACUCACCCGCAUCUCACCUUUGAGCCCGCAUUCACAGAGCAGGAUGAGCUGUGGGACCCGCAGUAUAGGGAGCCGCGCGGGGCACGGCGGUAUAGGGUUGCGAUGCUGUUGGAUGACGUGUGGGAGCAUGAUGGUGGGGUGUGGAUUAGUAUGACGGCGCAUAGUGGGGCGAUUGCUAGUUUGUUGGAGAGCUUGGGGCAUAGGGCGUUUGCGUUGGAGACGGGCGGGGUGAUUCCGGUUGUUGUGGAGGGGAGGAGGGUGGAGGGGGCGCGGAGGGUGCCGGAGAGGGAACCUAGUGAUGAGCCGGAUUGUGAGGGGUGGGAGGGGUGA